AGAGGGAUGAGGGGGAGAGAGAGUCUGGAGACCUGGUGGCUAUCAAGAGGGAUGAGGGGGAGAGAGAGUCUGGAGACCUGGUGGCUAUCAAGAGGUAUAAGGGGGAGAGAGAGAGAGUCUGGAGAGCUGGUGGCUAUCAAGAGGUAUAAGGGGGAGAGAGAGAGUCUGGAGACCUGGUGGCUAUCAAGAGGUAUGAGGGAGAGAGAGAGUCUGGAGACCUGGUGGCUAUCAAGAGGGAUGAGGGGGAGAGAGAGUCUGGAGACCUGGAUGGCUAUCAAGAGGGAUGAGGGGGAGAGAGAGUCUGGAGACCUGGUGGCUAUCAAGAGGUAUAAGGGGGAGAGAGAGCGUCUGGAGAGCUGGUGGCUAUCAAGAGGUAUAAGGGGGAGAGAGAGAGUCUGGAGACCUGGUGGCUAUCAAGAGGAUGAAGAGGAAGUUCUACUCCUGGGAAGAAUGCAUGAACCUGAGAGAAGUUAAGUCGCUGAAGAAGCUGAACCAUGCCAACGUGGUGAAGCUGAAGGAGGUGAUCCGGGAGAAUGACCACCUGUACUUUGUGUUUGAGUAUAUGAAGGAGAACCUGUACCAGCUGAUGAAGGACAGGGAGAAUAAGAUGUUCAGUGAGGGUGAGAUUAGGAACAUGCUGUUCCAGGUGCUGUCAGGCUUGGCCUUCGUACACAAGCACGGGUUUUUCCACAGGGACAUGAAGCCAGAGAACCUGCUCUGCAUGGGUCCAGAGCUGGUGAAGAUUGCUGACUUUGGAUUGGCUAGAGAGAUCCGCUCUCGUCCUCCGUACACCGACUAUGUGUCUACCAGGUGGUACCGCGCACCAGAGGUGCUGCUCAGGUCGUCCACCUACAGCUCUCCUAUUGACAUGUGGGCGGUGGGCUGCAUCAUGGCUGAGCUCUACACACUCAGGCCUCUGUUCCCUGGCAACAGCGAGGUGGACGAGAUUUUCAAGGUGUGCCAGGUGCUGGGGACCGUGAAGAGGUCUGACUGGCCAGAGGGCUACCAACUUGCCUCUGCUAUGAACUUCCGCUUCCCCCAGUGUGUCCCGACCCACCUGAAGACCCUGAUCCCCAACGCCAGCCCUGAGGCCAUCGCUCUCAUGAGAGACCUUCUGCAGUGGGAACCCAAGAAGAGGCCCACCGCAGUGCAGGCACUAAGGUACCCCUACUUCCAGGUGGGCCAGGUUUUGGGGCCACGCCCCCAGGGCCAGGAUGUUCGGAAGAUUUCACUGCGGUCAUCACAGCCCAUGGCCGAGCCCAAAGUUGAGCCCCAGUUGUCCUCCGGGUCAGGCUCCCAGCCCAGGACCAGACCCCUGCAGCAGAUUACUCUGCCCCAGGCAGAACUCCACACAGAGGGAGGGCACCAUGGACCCUCUGCCCCCCCUGGGCCCCCCCCUCACCCUCAAAUGGCGUCUGGGGACAGUGAGAACAGCGCGGCGGGGAUGAGGAGUGGGCGGCGGCGCUGGGGUCAGACGGUGAAGACCUCUGACAGCUGGGAAGAGUCCGACCCCUCAGAGACGGUGUCCCACUCCAAGAAACCCACCCUGGGGGCAGAGGAGAGGAGCAGCAGGGACCCCCACCCCCCACAACCCAAAGACCAGAAGGCUCUGUACACCUUCAGCACCAUCACCAAGCUCCCCAGCAACGUGAAGAUCGGCCAAUCGGACGGGGGGCUCCCAGGGUCCUCAGCGAGGCAACACUACCUCAGCCAAUCACGAUAUCUCCCUGGGUUGAUAGGAAAGACCCAGAGUUCAGCAGGGGUGAAGGAGAGCGCUGGGCCCAGUCUCAGAGACCUCUGGGAUGGAUCCACCAAGCCCCUGGUCCCCUUGUCUGGAGCUGUGUCCGUCACCAGGCUCAACCCAGAGGAGACUGCUUCUAAAUCCUCUGAUAUGGCCUCUGAUAAACCUUUGGAGAAAUCUGUCCAAAAGGAACGGAUCCUGGAGAGACUGGAUUCAGCCAAAGUGAACUUUGUGAGCACAAAGUACAACCUCUCCGGGGGCUACAUGCCCUCCUUCCAGAAGAAGGAGGUGGGGUCUGUGGGCCAGAGGCUGCAGCUGGCACCGCUGGGAGGACUGCGUGCAGUCGAUCUUUCUUCUUCACUUGACAAUAAAAGUGGCAAACAAAAGUCUUCCAAGUUGAAGUCUGCGUCCAGCUCGUCGCAGAGCGAAAGUACUGAAGACUACGAAGGGUGGAGGCACAGGGCGGACCGGGGCCAGGGAAAAGGCCCCAGCUACUCGGCCCUGGGGAAAAGCUCUGUGUCCCUCCUGGCCAGAGCCCCGGCCCCACAGCCCGUCCAUGGCAGGGUGGACUGGGGCUCCAAAUACGGAGGGAACCGCUAGACAUCCAGCCCCAGAGCCAGGCCAACAGCACAGCGCUGAAACUCUUUCCUUUCUGGCCGCCCUGAUGAUGUUGCCGACCCAAGAUUUGUUUAGUGAAGGGAUGUCUGGAAUAAGUUUGACCACUGAAGUCAUGUUGGGUCCAUGACUGCCUCAGGGAAGGGAGAACAGGAGAGAGGGAGGGGAGAGGGAUGGAGAGAAUGAGCGGGAGGGAAGGAGAGGCGUAUUG